AUGCAAAAUAAUUCUUUGGGUGAAAGCGACGAAGUGAAAGCGGCGCAUGGAAACGCAUACCCGGAAAGUUACCCACAACUACGGGUGGGAAGUUUGUGGUCAGUCACGUCAAACGGUUUCGGGCAGUUUCGGACAAGCGACGAAGAGGAACAGGGAAGAAGACGGCUUGAGCAGCCAGCGGCGGCAGAGUCGGGUAAUGAGUCGAGUGGCAUCGGUUCCGGAUCCGGGUCCGAGCCUGGACCUGGGCCUAAAUCGCCGUUGACUUCGACAAGCAGCAUUGCAGUGGUGGUGGCUAACCCCGAGAGCAACACUGUAGCUCCAUCGGAUACAGUAACUGGUACUGUAAAUACAGUAACGAGUACAGUAAUUAUCGACGAUAGCUUUGCCGAGUAUCGUCAAUUUUGUGCGAAUCGUAUGCGACGUCUGGAACGCUACAAGAAGGCACGAAGUUUUUGCAGUGGUUUGGUGCAGCCUGGUGCUGAUGAGGUCGGCAGCGCUGCCGAUUCGACCCUCUCGAGCCUGGCGGCCACCUCGUUGAGAGGCCCUUUACCGGGUCCUGCCGGUCUCAGCAGCGGUCCCUUAAACUCAGCGAACCCUAGACGUGGCCGAUGGAGACCUGCCUCACUGGUAGUGAUGGGUGCUGGCGAUUCACUCGAAGGCUUAGAGUUGCAGAAACUAGCCCAAGUGCAAGCCCAGGCCCAAGCCCAAGCUCAGGCUCAUCAAUUUGGUAUUAACUUAGUCCCGAGAUGCCCUGAACCACCGCCCCAACCACCCCAGCCAUCCCAAUCGGCUUAUGGACCGAUCUUGUCGGCAGAUUUCCCCCCUCCACCGUUGUUUUGCGGCAGUUCAGUCGAAACUCGGGAACUGUCGGGAAUGCACGUUCCCGAGCGGUCAGGCUCGAGUUCUGGCUACAGCUCAGGUCCUAGUUCGGCCCUAAGCUCGUAUUCAGGCUCUGCGUCAAGCUGGGCUACCCAAGAGCCGCCUAAACAGCCUAGGGAACAGGGAAAGGCUCAAAUUGAG